CUUAGCAUUCUCCGUUAUCGUGUGCGUGUGCUACAUUCAUUCGGUUCCCAUAAUCUCAAAACAGCCCAACAGAAAAAAUUUUGGGGAAAAAUGCCUGUAGCUCAAAGGAUUGGAAACGAAAAUUAUGCAUUAACCAAUUGGUUGGUAAUAUUUUUCCUUUGUUUCGUCUUGGCAAAUAUCCUCGACAAUUACAAAACGUAUGGAAUCAUACGAAGCCCUCUUCAAUUAACAACAGAUUUAUACGAAUUUCUAAUUAUUUGGUGGUGGUUGUUUGCACUAUUCUAUUUAGUGAUCGUGUUGCAAAUCGUCAUUUCUGCAGUUCUUGAAAAGUGUCUUCUUUCCCGACUGAUGUCUGAAAACAAGGGAGCAUUACUGCACACUGUAAACACCUUUCUUCUAUAUAAUGUGUUUGCGUGCAUUUGCUUCUACCAAAAGUUGAAUGGAAUUUUUGCUUUCGCUUUGGCUCCACACUUAUUUUUUCCCACAAUGAAACUGUUAUCAUAUCAAUUAAAUAAUAGAAGAAUUAGAAUACAGAAUGAACAAACAGCUGAAUUGAAGUCAGAUCAGAACACCAAGAUCGAACAUUUCAAAAUUGGAAGUUUGAGGCACUUGUUCCGAUACAUGUUUUGUUCUGGAUGUCUGGUAUAUAAAUUUCAUACUUGGAAAAAAGGAAAAAGUGAUUAUAAAGCAUCACUUACGUUUAUUUUACGGAGUGUCGCAAUGUUGUUGGCUUGUUCACUUAUAAUGCAUCAAUAUGUGAUGACUGAGCUCCAAAAUGCAUCGUACUACAUUGAUAAGAGGCAGCAUCUCAACCUUCUCUCCACUUUUUUAAAAUUAGCAUUACCUAUACACAUCGUAUGGUCAGCAUUCUUUUACUUCUAUCUUUAUAAUGCUUGUUUCAAACUGCCUUCCAUUCUUUUUGGUACUGAGAAGAUCACAUAUAUACAAGACUGGUGGAACUCCGCGAAUAUAGGAGCCUAUUGGGCUACGUGGAACUAUCCAACCCACUUGUUUUUUAAGGAAGAAGUUUUUAUACCAGCUUUGGAAAUGGGGCUUAGCAAACAUCAAGCAGCAUGUGUGGUGGGUGUCGUUUCUGGGGUGAUUCAUGAGUAUUUGUGGACAAUACCAUUUCGAAUUGGAUACGGUGGCGCUCUCCUAAUAAUGAUGGCACAGAUACCAUUUUCAUCUCUAUCGAAGCAUAUCAGUUACAGAUUUGGAAACCAAUGGGGAAACGUGUUGGUAUGGAUGCAGCUAAUUAUAGGACACACCUUAUAUGCAAUUCUAAUUCAUUACUUCACACAGUACCUACCAAACAAAUCAACGAUCUAAAGAUAACUUGUAUUAAUUUACGUGUUUGAAAAUAAAUAUUGCGCCGCUAAAUAGCAGGUCGUUUGCUCUACAGCA